AUGAGGCCUUUCGCCUUGUCGCUAUGGCUCGGCCUCACAUUGGUGAGCGCCGCAGCUGGCGCCGGGUCGGACUCGUCUACAGAAUCUACAGUGUUCAACGACAAGACUGUCCCCCCGAUGAUCGAGCUGACACCAGAGAAUUUCAACAAGGAGAUCAAGGCUCACAAGUUCGUCAUGGUUAAAAACCACAGUCCAUACUGUCCUCACUGCCAGGAUUAUGCGCCCACCUACCAGACUCUCUACGAGUUUUACUACACGUCCAAGCCCAAAGGCACUACCUCCGACUUUACCAAGUAUUACGAUUUCAUCUUUGCGAGCGUAAACUGCAUAGCAUACUUCGACCUGUGCCACGAAAACGGCGUUGUCUCAUACCCUACUACUGUUCUAUACAAAAAUGGCGAGGCUGCAGAGACGUUCAAGGGAGUCAAGGAGAUGAGUCUUCUUAGUGAGACGAUUGAGAAGGCGCUGGAGGCUGCUAAACCGGGCAGCCGGCCCAAGAAAAUCUCUCUUCCGGAGCCUGGCGCCAAGUCUGCACCGGCCACCGAUACUGAUUCUUCGUCAUCUGAGAAAGACACCACAAAGGACUCAAAGGCUGCCGAUAAAGACGGGAAGCCUGCUUCAGCGGCUGAAAAACCAACCACCACUGCGGAAGACAAGAAGGCCGAUGCGGACAAGACCAAAUCGAGCACCAAGACCGACGCUGUGGAGUGGUGGCCUGAGUUCACGCCGCCUGUCAGGAAGCCUGCGAAGCCUGUUGACCCGAACCCGAACGGCCUUUCGGUGUCCCUGACGGCCGAGACUUUCCAGUCUCUGGUGACGAUGACGCAGGAGCCUUGGCUCGUCAAAUUCUACGCCCCCUGGUGCAGUCACUGUCGGGCUAUGGCUGCCAGCUGGCAACAGCUAGCCAAGGAUAUGAAGGGCCGGCUCAACAUUGGUGAAGUCAACUGCGAUGUCGAGGCUCGUCUUUGCAAGGAAGCUCCUGUGCGCGGCUACCCAACCAUUAUGUUUUUCAAGGGUGGCGAGCGUGUUGAGUACGAUGGUCUUCGCGGCCUGGGCGACUUGAUCCACUAUGCCGAGAAGGCCAUCGACAUCUCGAGCGGUGUGCAAGAUGUUGAUUUGGAGUCGUUCGAGGCCCUCGAAAAGAAGGAGGAUGUCAUAUUUGUUUAUUUUUACGACCAUGCAACCACGAGCGAGGACUUCUUGGCCCUGGAGCGUCUUCCCCUCAACCUCAUUGGCAAGGCAAAGCUGGUCCGGACAAGAGACCGCAGGCUUUACGACAGGUUCAAGAUCACUACCUGGCCUCGUCUUUUGGUCUCCCGUGAGGGACGCCCGACUUACUACACGCCUCUGACCCCCGACAGGAUGCGCGAUGUCAACCAGGUGCUGACGUGGAUGAAGUCCGUCUGGCUUCCUAUCGUGCCAGAGCUGACCGCAUCCAACGCUCGCGAGAUCAUGGACGGAAGACUCGUUGUGCUUGCCAUCCUCGACCGUCAGAACCAGGACUCGUACACCAGCGCUAUCCGUGAAAUGAAGAGCGCGGCCAACGAGUGGACGGAUAAGAUGAUCGUUGCCUUCCAGCAGGAACGCAAGGAGCUGCGCGAUGCCAAACAGCUUCGCGUCGAGGAGGCCGAGGACCGCGGCGAUCAGCGGGCUUUGCGGGCAGCCAAGGCCAUUAGGAUCAACAUGGAUAAGUCGGACCGCAAGGAGGUUGGCUUUGCCUGGGUUGAUGGCGUGUUCUGGCAGAGGUGGAUCCGCACAACCUUUGGCGUCGACGUCAAGGAUGGAGAGCGCGUCAUAAUCAACGAUGAGGAUAACCGUCGCUAUUGGGACCAGACUAUCACUGGAAACUACAUCUUGCCGUCUCGGACAUCCAUCCUCGAGACCAUCGGCCAAGUUACCCGGAAUCCUAACAAGAUCAAGCCCAAGUUGACCAUUUCGAGCUUCGAAAAGAUCUUUUUCGAUAUUCGCAUGAUCUUCCAAGAACACCCUUACCUGACCGCCGGUUGCAUUCUCGCUUUGGCACUGGGCGGCGCCUCCUGGUUCCGUGGACGUCUUCGCCGCACCCGUGGCCACUUCCGACUUGAUGAUAGCUUGGGUAGGAAUGAGCUCAAGGCUCCUCUUCUGGGUGCCAACGCCAACGGCAAGGUGGACUAA